AUGGAUCAACAGCUAAAACUUCUUGAGGACGACUGCGCGGCUUAUCGUCAGCUUAUUGAUUACUUGAAGGAAAAGCACUCAAAUGCAGAUAUCGCGUCGUAUAAACAAACACUACGGAAUCUCAAGCAUUUUUACUUCCUUGGACGGCACUAUUUUACAAACUGCGCUGGCUUAGUGGAUAAGGAGAGCGAGUCAGUCGCUUGCCGACCAUGUUCUAGAGAGAUAAACGGUUUUCGGCUUGGACGACUGCCAGAUCGACUCGUCGAUUGGCCGGAGAUAAAUGCCGCAUGGGGACAGCUAGUUCUGCUGUUAGAUGUUUUGAUGCAGCGUGCGGGUGUCAAAAGAGAUAAUUUCAAGCUCAUAACUAUGUGCAGCCACUCAUGUAUACAGUAUAAACGUUCCACUGGUGAAGAAGUGAGAUAUCCGUUAUUCGCAUCUGGUAGUUGGAAGCCGUUUGGAAACAACAACAUGGAUAGUGGGAUCAUGGCUUAUUUGCAGUGCUUCGAGUUGCUUCGUACUACACUACAG